UAACGUUCAUAGUAAUCAAAGCAAUCAAAGACAGAGCCAAGCAAGCAUCGAAAAUUGAAUUCAUAACAUCUACAUAUUGAAUUUUACCUUAAAAGUAAAGUCUUAAAUGGUUUCAUAAGAAAAUAGCGAUAAUUGACUAGUAAUAUUUAUUUUGAGUGUUUGAGAACAAUGGAAUUCAAAUCAUUUUACAAGAAUGCGUCCCGCUGUAACCGUUUAAAAGACAGUAACAAUCAGCGAUUGAAGUCUAAACGCGAGAGCUCCCGCCAGGACCUUCAUUUCAAUAAUCGAAAUCUUAAAGCCUCCGAUAGUGAAAUUGAGAACGAUGAAGUAUUUUAUACCAAUUCAAUUCAGCGACAACCAGGAACAUCAUCGAAAAAACGCCGACGUUCAGCAGUCAAAGAUGAAAACAAAGAAAACGAAAUCCGUUGCAAAUAUGAAGAACGCCUAGCUCGAUUACUGAGAUUUAAGGAAGAACGAGCCAAAGCUAAGCAAUUGAAUUCGGUUAAAAAGAAACCGUUCGUAUCAGUAGUGCCUAAAAAUAAUCUAGUUGAUCGAGAAUACGAGAAGAAUCUUUUCAAAAAAUCGGAGACUGAACUGAAAACGAUAGCUGACAAGCGUAAAGUACUGACGCCGGCAGCAAAGUAUGCUACCCCUAGGGUUGACACUCGCCGAAAGGAACCAUUUGUAUACACAACCGACAAAGAGCAACAGAAGAAAAAUAAACUGAAUCUUAGAACUCCUGCUUCGAUAAGUGCUGCAAAACCGAAAGUGGACACUUGGCGUAAAGGACCGACUCCAGUGAAUGAUGGGAUCAAACGAAAAGAACAAAACAAAAUCGGUGCGAUUCUACGUAGUAAAACUGCAGAAGCAAGGACGACUACUUCCAAAACCAAGCCAACUGUUAUUUCAAAUAAAACCAAUAUGAGAGUAGAACCAACAGCACGCGUACUAACGACUUAUCAGGCUGUUCGUUUAAAUCAAAAAUCGUUCAAAUUCAAUUUUCUAUUCGCAAAAGACGGUCCCAUGAUUACAUCCACAAACCGCAAGAAGAAAAGUCUCGAGAAGUCGAUGGAGGCUGCCGAAGAUAAACAGAAACAGAAAACGUACCGCUUCUCACCAAAAGUGAAAAAUCAAGAUGACGAUAUUUUCGAAGGUAUUAGUCCAAUAGAUGUGGACACUCCGACACCGAAAAAGGUUCUAUCAGAUACCGAAUCUAUCGCCAUGCGCAAACGUGAAACUCGUCGUCGUUCAAUGAUCUUCACUGUGGAAGAUCUGAAACAGACGGAGGUUAAACAUGAAACACGAGACGAAUGGGAACCGCAAGUGAUCACUAUUUCUGACGAAGAAUCUGACCAUGAGUCUUUGGCAAAAAAACAAGUCAAGAAAAAUGCUUCAUUUAUAGUGAAUUUGAAAGAAGAAAAACUUGUGGAUCGACGUCCUAAAAUCGAACCAAUGUGUAAUGCUGAAACAAUCAAUUUAGUAGGUAGUGGACGAAAACUAUCCAACGGAAGAUCUUCAUUAGUUUUUAUUGAGACGAGAAAUACCUCAAAUGCUAAUGAAUCGAUAUGUAAUGUGACAGUAAAUAUACCCGGUCGAAAUUCGAUGGGGUUUGUUGAGGAAAUCAACGAUCCCGUGACGCUGACUGAACCUAUAAAAUUUCCCAAAACUGCCGGUAACAUGGAUCCGUCUCAACGACAAUCCAAAACUUCACGAUUCAGUUUUACCGAAGAGGAUGUUACCGCAAAUAAACCACUCCCUGAAGGUAACCUUGCAACUAUUUUGUUGAAUAAACAUGAGAUAAAGCAACGUAACAGCGGAGGAAGUCGGUGUUCCUCGGUGAUCAGUUUUCGCGAGGAUGAUCAACCUCCCACAGAUGUCCUAGAGAAAGUUACAUUCUACAAUAACUUGGUAGAGAAAGAGCUAAAACGGCUUCAGCAGUUGUGUGACCUCUAUAAGAGUGAUGUUGAGAACGAAGCAAUUGACGAGAAUAGCAAAGGAUUGAUAAUUGCUGCUCAGGGUCAAACACAAAUUUUAAUAAACAAGAAAUUAUCGAAGUUUAAAGAACUGGUAAAACAUUACGAACAAAGUUGGACGGACCAGAAAGUACGAACUGAUGAUCUGGACGGAUUCUGGCUUAUGGUGUCUCUCGAUUUGGAAAAUCUUGACCGUCGUUUCGAAGAACUACGAUUGCUUAAACAGAACGAUUGGCAAGAAAUUGCUGAGCAACCGAAAGUUAAAAAACUGAAAUGCGGUGCUGGCAUCAAGAAGCGCGAAAAGAAACCAAUGAAAACUAAAGCCAGUGGACUUGCUGACUUGAUCAAGAAAGCCCGCGAGGAAGCCAAGAAGAAAUUGAUGAUGGAAUCGGUACUUAAGGAAUCAGUUACCGUACUGACACCAGCGAAGCGUUCGGUUCGAAUUGCAACUACCCCGAGAAGAAGUAGCUUAAACAGGCGCAGUAUAUGUGCGGGCUGCACGCCUACGUCAGGCAAGAGUAAUAAGACAUCACGAAAAACUAUAUUCAACGAUCAUACUCUACGUUACAAAGAGGUAGUGAAGUCAAUUUUAAAAACACCCAGUGAAAAACGUCGCGCUAAAAGCGUACUGUUUCUGGAUUCGGGUCUUGAUACGCCGGAAACACGCCGAUCGGACGGUCGUCGGAAAAUAGUUCAUACUCCGAAACCGAAAAUCACGUUCAAUGAAGAGCUGGAAGUGGAAGAUGUUGAAACUAUUUCGAUAACUACGCCAUACAAGCUGGACGAGGAGAUCCGAAAACGGAGACGCAGCUCAAUUUGCUCAAAAGAUAUAUCUGAAGAGCAUAGUUGUACCAGGUCCAGUCGUCGAAGAACUCUAAGGUUUACGGAAAAUAUAGCCGUUGAAGAAAUGCCUACACACGAAAGAGAACAGGAUCUGGACACGUCUGCAGUGAUAAACGUGAUAGAGGAGAAGGGAUAUACGAGACGAACGACACGUGGUACACGGAAAUAAUCUAUUUGGAUCAAGACGUUUCAACAUAUUUUUAUUAAUUAUUACGUUUUAGUUGUCUCUCUUGAGUUUUUAGUGCUCAGUCAUUUUAUUCACUUGCAUUCG